GUUGCCUAUGUUCGGUGAGUUCCCCAUUAGACGCCUCAGUCCUGUGCCAUUCAGAGCCAAUGGAUAUGACCAGGGUUGCAGUUAUUGGUGCAGGAGUGGUUGGGCUCUCCACAGCUGUCUGCAUUUCUGAAUCCAUCCCACAAUACUCCAUUGAUGUUAUUUCAGAUAAAUUUACACCUGAUACCACUAGUGAUGUAGCAGCUGGAAUACUUAUGCCUCAUGCUUAUCCAGAUACACCAGUUCACCUGCAGAAGCAAUGGUUUCAAGAGACCUUUGACAGAUUGCUUGCAAUUGCUAAUUCAUCAGAAGCUGUAGAAGCUGGCAUUCACCUAGUAUCUGGGUUAAGAAGAAGUGGAGGCCAAGUUCACACCAGAAAAGUAAAAGACCUUUGGGAGCUAUAUGGUGCCUAUGAUGUUGUUGUCAAUUGUUCAGGCCUUGGAAGCAGAGAGUUAGUAGGUGACUUGCAGAUGUUCCCUGUGAGGGGCCAAGUCCUGAAAGUUCAAGCACCCUGGAUGAAUCAUUUUAUCAGAGAUGGGGAUGGACUGACCUAUAUUUACCCAGGAGCCUUCAAUGUAACACUAGGUGGAACAAGACAAAAAGAUGACUGGAACCUGUCUCCGGAUCCACAAAAUAGCAGAGAAAUUCUUUCCAGGUGUUUAGCUCUUGAACCAUCUCUUCAAAGAGCCUGGGAUAUCAAAGAGAAGGUGGGCUUGCGGCCAUGCCGGCCAGGAGUGCGACUACAGAAAGAGGUAUUAGUACAGGAUGGACAUCAGCUACCUGUAGUUCACAACUAUGGCCAUGGCUCUGGUGGCAUAUCUGUGCACUGGGGCACUGCUCUUUGUGCUGUUAAGUUGGUCAAGGAGUUAAUCACCACCUUGAAAAUUUCCACCUCCAAGGCAAAGUUGUAAAUGAUGAGACUGCAUAUAGUGCAUUGUAAUUGGUCAUCAGCAAUAGGCUUUAAUCAGUUCUUAAUAAAUGGUCCAAGGAUAUGGACAGCUUUUGGAUUAAGAAAUAAAAGGUGUAUAUAGCCAGAUUAAAAAUGCUCUAAAUCAUUAUUGAUUAACAAAAUGCAAAAUAAAAC